UAUUAUUCAUCAAAGUCUAAAUUUCGUUUCGUUUGGAACAAGAGUUUCUAGGCAAUCUCGGCAACGACAAGUCGUGCAUUGUGUUUCAAUGGACAAUAGUAUUCUGGGUCUUCUCAAACUUCGAAUUAAAAGAGGCACUAAUCUUGCAAUACGCGAUGCAAUAAAAAUGCAUGCCAGCGACCCUUAUGUCAUCAUCAACAUGGGUGAACAGAAGCUAAAGACUGGUGUUGUAAAAGACAACUGCAAUCCUGAGUGGAAUGAAGAAUUCACCCUUUCCAUAAAGGACGUCAAAACCCCAAUACAUCUUUCGGUUUAUGACAAGGACACUUUAUCUGGAGAUGACAAAAUGGGUGAGGCAGAUAUAGACUUGAAACCGUAUGUUCAGUGUGUACAAAUGGGGUUGAACGAGCGCCCAGAUGAUUCUUCAGUCAAGAGGAUUCAACCAGAUGACACUAAUUGCCUUGCUGAAGAGAGCAACUGCAUUUGGCAAAAUGGAAAUAUUAUCCAAGAAAUGAUUUUGAAAUUGAGAAAUGUCGAGAGUGGGGAAGUAGUUGUUGAAAUUGAGUGGGUUGAUGUUAUUGGUUGCAAGGGCUUAUCACAGGUAGAACUUUAAGUCUGCUUCCAUUCUUAAGUUUAUGUGAAGCAUUGAAACCUUGGAUGCCUGCUCCAGCAUGAUGUAGUGGUAAAUGUAUUGUGAUUUUGCUAUUGUUGAAUGUGUAAUCCUAUGUUGAGACUAGUUUUAGUGCUUUAUUUUCUGGAGUGAGACAAGUGAUUAGUUUGCUUCUCGAAAUAUUGA